AUGUUCCGAACAGCCGUGCGCCUUGCCGAGUCUGGCCGUGUCCCCCUCUCGCUCUCGCAGGCGAGCGCCGAGCUUCUUCCCCCGAUCCCGCUGUACCGACGACUUCUGCGUGCUCACCGCUCGCUUCCCGCCGAGAUGCGCUUCAUGGGCGACGCCUACGUCAAGUCUGAGUUCCACGCGACCAAGGGCACCGACAACCCGCUGCACAUCAUGGCCUUCCUUGGCCAGUGGAAGAUGUACCUGGACCAGAUUGAGGCGCAGCUCAACGAGGGCAAGCCGUUUGACGGACGGAAACUCGACCCCGAGAUUAUGAACUCGCUCAACAACGAGCAGGUCGGACAGCUGUACGAGCUCAUGCACUCGACGGACGACCUGCCGGAGGAGCUCGAGGCUGCGGCUGCCGAGGCCGAGGCGGCUGACGCUGCCGAGCGCGCCGCGGAGGAGAAGAAGUAA